AAAACAUGGCGGUCACUACUGCGUUGCAAAUGAUAAAUGUUAUAACAUUCUUCUUAAGUGCAGUUUAUUAGUGCAGCGGGUUCUGCUUGCAAGCUCUCCUCACGAGCCAUUUUGGAUCAAGGAUCAAGAGAUAUGCUGAGAUUACAGAACAGCCCGCUUUUCUGAAAGGAUGACAUCAGCUAGGGAACGAUUUUUUCGCCAGAAAGUCCUAACCAAGUUGUUCCCUUCAGAAGUAGAGUCAGAUUCCAGUGAUGAUGAUAAUGAUGAUGACGCUGGCGUGGAAACGAAUUCACAAUUCAUCGUCAGAACAUUAGAUAAAGACUCGCAAGAAAGAUCCGCUGAAAGAGAGAAACGAAAGCUGAGUGUGGCUGAAGAUAUAAAUUUUCCUCGACCGCACAAAGUCUCCUCACGAGAUGAGCAAGCCACGCCGUCUUCCCCUUCAAGACUACUAGGUGUUGAAAAUCCCGUGCCUUUUUUGCCAAAGAGUCUCAGCGCAGUAUCCAAGAAAAGAGGGGAACCGAAGGAUGAAAAAUGCAGAGAGCAUACAGCGAGUGGCACUGGGUCAGAUCUUUCAAAAUCAUCAGAGCAGGCGUCUAAACUGUCCAAGAAUCAGAAGAGGAAACUGAAGAAAAAGCGUCACAAAGAACGAAUUCGUUCCAGUGGAGUCGAAAAAACAGCUCCAGCUCCCAAAGAAUUCACAUACGAUACCGCGUAAUCCAGGUUUACCGACAAAUGGAGUAGAUCAAACUUGCACAUGUGACUGAGUGCAGUAUACUUUCGCACGAGACCAUGUGCAGGAUACUUUCGCACGUAACUAUGCAGGUGGCGUGUACUUACUCCCACGACGAAGUGACAUGUUUUAUUUCAUGUGAUUUUUCAAAGUCGGUGUCAUUGGUUUGGAACUGAUCUUGGAUCAUACCCAUUAACGACCAACUCACGACAUCGUGUCCUUAUGGCGCCCGAACUUUCAAGCGAGUGAAUCUCGACGAAUAAGUACUCCUCAGCCACAACUACCUUUCUUUGUCCACGCACGUUUUUCGGAUAUCCACAAGUUUUUUAAAAUCUGCUCAACUGUUCGUUACCAGGGUAUGAAGGGGCACACAUGUGACCCAAAUAGGACACACAAGUGGUAAUUAUCUCACGCAUAAUUGAUGAGUCUGAGAAAUUAUCUCGAAUAGAAACUUUCUACAAUAAUCAAAAUUCUUUUUUCCUUUAAAAAUUGCAAAAAUUAGCCGCAUCAUGUAUCAUUUCGAUAUCAUUUUCUAGUAAUGAAAUGAAGUAUGUUACGGUAAUACGCUAAAAAAAGUGUUCAGUACUUCCGUUUGACUGACGAUGUAUACUAUAAUUUAAAAGGUUAUUUAAACUGACGGUUUUAUCUGUAUUUAUUUAUAAAUGUUUGACCCUUUUUUGGUAACAAUUCUAUUUUGAAAUUAUUGCCGCUGAUGAAUAAAUCUGAUUCCUUCUUUUGUUCAGCCAUCCAUUUCUCCAAUCUUUAGUUCAUUCGUUUGUUACUUUUUAUCAACCAGAAAUUUACUUUCCUUUAGUCGAAAAUAUUAUGAAAAUGAUGUCGAAACGUUGUGUGAUUUUGGUAAAACUCAAUCCAACACGUAUCCGCACGUAAGAAAAAUAAUUAAUGCAAGCCAAUGACGUUUUAAAAUAAUUCCCCGAAAAUAAGCCAGAUAAUUAUGCAGUCACGCGAUUUUUCGGCUCAAAGCUUCAACGAAAGUAGAUUCCAUGCUAAUUUAGUAUUAUCAACUGUGUUGAUAACGUAAUUCAGCCACUGUAAAGAGUUUCAAAGCUGACGUUUCGAGCAUUAGCCCUUCGUCAAGGCUCUCUAGAUGACCCUGUUGUUCUGUCCCGCAGAUGCAGCACCACACUUUUUUUUAGAAACUUAUCCCCCUGGAUUCCGUGCGUUAGUUCAGUGAUAGGUCAGAGAUGAUGUCAGAAUGUCGUGGGAACAAAAAAGGUGGCACCCGAGGCGCAGCGAAGGUCACUAAUGUCCUCAUCGCAUUUUGACAUCCUCUGUGAUCUUUCACUGUACAGACGCACGACAACACGGAGUCUGUUUGUUUCAUAUGAUAAAACGCAAAAUUUUGUUGAUGGUGACGUCGUCUUCGUGUCUGUCCUCCGGUAGAUCAUACUGAAGUAAAACGCGUGUAAAAUUCA